AUGUCUGAAAAUGGAAUGAUACAAAAAGAAGACCUCUACCAGAUUUGGGAGCAAGAAGAAUUUUGUCAAAUUUUACCAUUUAAAGAGUACAUAUUUAAUAUACUGAUACACCUUGAUAUUAUAUCAGAGCAACGUAGAUAUGAUACUAAUACGGGAAGUCGGUUACCAGUGGAAAACUUCUUUGUUCCCUGUAUGCUUACUAAAAGAAAUGAUACAAGAUUCAUGACCUACGAAUGUACACCAGAGAAAACCAUCACUGUAGCUUUUGUUUUCAAAGGGACAAUUAUACCACCAGCCUUACCGAAUCGUCUCAUUAGUGCAUGUCUAAGUAUGUGGACCGUGAAGACAUAUGAAGGAAAAAAACUCCUGUUUUCAGGAUUCGUUGGUUUAUCAUUUGAUAAGGCACAUACUAUUGUUGUCUGUGUUGAAGGUAACAAGAUAUUGCUCUACAUAGUCCACAAAACCUCCAAUGGACUGAUUGUACCAGAUAUUGCCACUUGUAUCAAGGAAUGCAUGUUCACAACAUUAGAGAGAAUCUCAGAAUUCUAUCAGUCCACAGUCCAUGUCUCCUCUAUCAGUCAAAAACUACCCUUUCACAUUGAAUAUGCAUGCUCCUGGUUAGAAUGUCAUAUCCCCGAAGAGGCAGCAUUCACAACUGAUGAAUGGAUCUGUGAUAAACAUAAGAUUGUACAUACUAAAGACAGUUGGAAUAUUUGGAAUCAAGAUCAGACAAAAGAACAAUGUGAAGUGGACUGUACAGGUUUACAUGACGGUGCGUUGAAUCAGAUACCGAGUGAUAUUGAACUUCAAAGAUUUGCAUCAGCUUGUGACGAAACCACCAUACGUGAAUUGGCCAUACAUCUUGGUAUGACGUUUAAAGCAUGGGAAGAACUUCAACGGAAUAACCCUGAUUAUAUUCAGAUUGUCAAGUACAGAAUUCUGGUCAACUGGAGAGAAAAAAUUUCAGGAAGAUUCAUCAACAUAGCAAAGGCUUUAACAGAGAUGAAACUAACUACACACGUGUUGUGUCAGGUGAAAAGAAUCCGAAAGGGAAAAUGCAAUAUUAGCGAAGAAUAUUUGGAUUUGAUUCCAACAGAUGAAAUAUUGGAUGAACUAUCACAAGUUAUAGGAGUGGUAUCCUUCCAACUGGGUAUAGAAUUAGGAUUAUCUAUAACAUCUUUAGAUACCAUUCAAUACAAUAAUGGACGGAAUUUAGUCGCACAAUGCAAAGAUAUAUUAUUCCAGUGGAGAGAAGAUCAAAGAGUGAAGCCAACAAUUGGUGUUUUGGUCCAAGCUCUAGUUAAUAUUGAAAGAGGUGCUUCAUGUUUGGUGGAAAUAAUUAAAACAGUAGGUGUGAAGAAAUACAUUCCACACGAGAAAAAGGAGAAGGAGGGAAAGGUUAAGACACUUUUGAAAAGAUUUAAUCCUUUUCAAAAGAGGAAAAAGUAG